AUCGACCCUAUUUUCAAAGCGGACCACGAGCUGUCAACAAUAAAAGCUUCCGCUUAUUGCCACUAUCUAAACAAUAUCCGCUAAUUUAGAGUUUUAAGUAGUAUUCUGUCGUGCAUCCCGUAGUUAUGCGGGUUGAACAACAUUUUCACAGUUAGUUUCCGGUAACGUUGACUUUUAUUUGCGUGCCGACAAUGACAAUGGAUAAAUUCGAAGGUUACAUAUUCACUGCUCUGUGCAGCACCAACUUUCUGGUAUCCUGCCUGCUGUUCUCCAAAGUCACCCGGGAGCAAAGAGAGCCGUACAUGGAUGAGAUUUUUCAUGUCCCCCAAGCUCAAAAGUACUGCCAUGGGAGAUUCAGCGAGUGGGACCCGAUGAUCACCACCCUGCCGGGACUCUACCUGGUCUCCGUGGGCAUCAUCAAACCCGUGGUGCGUCUCGUGGACCUUACAGGUGACGUGGUGUGUUCUACGGCCAUGCUGCGCUUCAUCAACCUCCUCUUCAACGGUGGCAUCCUUUACCUGCUCUACCGGCUCAUCUGCAGACUACACCCGAGGGAGAAGACGCAAACAGCCGCUCGCCGCAUCCUCUCGGCGUUGUCGCUCUCCACCUUCCCUGUGCUCUACUUCUUCAACUUCCUGUACUACACGGACGCCGGCUCUACUUUCUUUAUCCUCUUCACCUACCUCAUGACGCUGCACGGCUGCCACAAGGCCGCGGCGCUCCUUGGAGUCGGCGCGGUCGUCUUCCGCCAGACCAACAUCAUCUGGGUGGCGUUCUGCGCGGGCACUCUGGUGGCCGCCCAGAUGGAUGACGCCUGGAGGGUCGCACACGCCAAGAAGACAGAUGACAAGUCGUUUCAGGUCCCCCUCUCUUGGAGUGGAGCUAAACGAGUCAUGCUUUUCACUCUGGACUUCCUCACCUCCAGAAGUCAAGUGAAGGCAGUGCUGUUGGUUGCGUGGCCCUACGUGCUGGUGGGCGUGGCCUUCCUCUGCUUCGUAUGGCUGAAUGAUGGGAUUGUAGUGGGUGACCGCACGAGCCACGAAGCCUGCCUCAACGUCCCUCAGCUCUUCUACUUCCUGGCCUUCUCACUCUUCUUCUCCCUGCCCGUGUCGCUGUGUUACCACCGCGUGCUUCGCUUCCUGCAGGCGCUGAAAAGGCAGCCGCUUCUGUUCCUCAUCGGCGCAGUCAUCUGCUUGCUCCUGGUGUGGAAGUUCACCGUCGUGCACAAGUACCUUCUGGCAGACAACCGUCACUUCACCUUCUACGUGUGGAAAAGGCUCUUCCAGAAGCACGAGCUGGUGCGCUUCCUCCUCAUCCCCGCCUAUGUGUUCGCCGGAUGGAACUUCCUGGAUUCGCUUAAGUCACGCUCGCUCUUCUGGAGCUUGGCGUUCCUGGCGUGCCUCCUGGCCGCCACCGUCCCACAGAAGCUCCUGGAGUUCCGCUACUUCAUCGUCCCAUACCUGAUGUACCGUCUGCACAUGCCCGUCCCGUCCCUACGUAGACUGGUGCUGGAGUUCCUCCUGUAUACGUCCGUCAACGCCGCCACCAUCUACAUCUUCAUCACCAAGACGUUCCACUGGCCGGGCAGCGGCGCCACACAGAGGUUCAUGUGGUGAACGGAGCCAUGAAUAUCAGGAAAAAGAGGACAUUGUAUAAUUAGACGUCAGAGACCAAAUGUGAAGCAACUUUUUUACUAAAUGUCAAUUUAUACUGUAAUUAUACAGUACAAUUACUGUAAAAAAGACUUUUUUUUUUCCUGACUUCAAAUGUGUUGGAUGCGCUCAUGGUUGUUUUUAUCCGCUGUGUUUGUGUUCAAGUGCAUUGUCCUCUAUGGAAAUGUGUCUGGGUCCUUUUUCUGCAUCAAUUUCUCCUUGUCUUUGUCGUAUAUGUCCAGCUAUAUGCUGCCUAAACAUUGCUGUCAUC